UAUUGAAAGUGAUGUCACGGGACGUCAGCUUACCAAUUUCUCCAUUUCUGCACGUCAGCUGAUUUGUCAUGCGCAUUACCUGACAAAUCAAGCUACCAUGUAUAUAUAUGCCCCCAAGUCCUUGAUUUGGAGGGCCAGCUGCUAUUGUCAAUAAAUCUCCAUUCCAACAAUUGGCACGCCCCGCAGACCCCAAUUUCCGAGAACCAAAUUCCAUUUCUCGGCUUCCUACCCUGUUUUGUAAUCUUUCUAUCUCCAGCUCUUCAUGUCAUGACGAAAGGACGCCUGGCUUUCAUCGCCUUAAGAGUCAGAUAUGCCAGAGCCUACCACCGAGGCUCAACCCCAGCCGCAGGGGCAAUCUCAAUCAGAAUCCCAGUCUAAGAGGACGAAACGAUUUCGGGCUGCAAAAGCAUGUCGCCGCUGCAAUGAGAAGCGUGUCAAAUGUGAUGCGAUCGAGCGUGGAAUUCCAUGCACCAGAUGCGAACAGGGCAAGAGGAAUGAUUGCGCCCUGAUACAAUCACGGCGGGGGAUUUAUCAGAGGAAGAAGAACCGAAAUGAUUCUCAAACAAAGACGUCAGGCUCGGAAAAGGAAGGGGAUAAGGAAGUCGUUCCUUGUGCCUCAAGUCCUCCUUCCCAAAGAGCAGCUGCCUCACAUGACAACAACACUGUCCAUGUGCAGACUCAGGAUCAACAAGAAAAUACGAACUCAAGCCGGAAUUCCCCCAAUCAUCUUUCCGAAGAUGAGAUGCACUCAUUUGAUGCCCUGGAGCAAGCUCCGCCGUCAACAGCCCUAACCACGCCUGCAAGUCAUGAAAUUGCAUCACCUGGGUCCGGAGAUACCGAGAUGAGCAAUUCCUCGUACCGCGAGAUUUCAUGGACAACCAUGUUCGACCAUUUCUUGGAGGGCCGGAAGCAUGGGGAAGCUGUCAUCGACAAGUGCAGCAUUACCUAUCUUGGUGAAUCAUUCCCCCUCUCCAUUGUGUUGAAAGACUUGAGGGACGGAGGAAAGCAGAAGCUUCAUUAUCCAGGUCCACCAUGCCCGGAGAACGAUGCAAGUACGGACAGCUCACAACGAAGUCGUCCCGACCACAUGCUCCCAGAAGACAUCGCUGUGUUGGAAGCGAAAGGCACAUUUGAGGCUCCCGAAAAGAGCGUUCUUGAUGCUUUGGUAUCUGUCUUCCUCGAUCGAGUGUUUCCUCUGUAUCCGAUUGUCAAUCGCCACGAAUUCCAACAGCAACAUCUAAUGAACAAAAUACCUUGGAUCUUGUUACACGCCAUGUGUUUCAUAUCCGCAACUUACUGUCCGCUCUCCAUCCUGCAUCGAGCUGGUUUCAGCUCGAGGAAACAGGCUCGUUUCUUAUUUUACAGAAAAUCCAAAGCACUUUUUGAUAACGGUUACGAAGUCAACAAGCUUGUCGUACUGCAAAGCGUUAUUUUCCUCACAUUUUGGGGAGGCGGUCCGAACAAUUACUGGAAUUUCUACUCUUGGAUUGGCACUGGUGUGACGAUCGCCGAAACUCUCGGGAUUCAUCGUUCGAUGGCAACAACGAACAUGAAACCUCAAGAUAGGAGUCUCUUGAAAAGGAUAUGGUGGAUACUUAUAAUUAGGGACACUUCCUGUGCUGCUCUGGUUGGCCGUCCCUUUCGGAUCAACCUGGAACAAUGUGACACAGAUCCAUUAACAGCUGAGGACUUCGAACAUGAUGGCAAUUCUCCAGACUUCAUGUCCAAUCCACAACGGCCUUCAUUCGCCAAUUACCAGAUUCAGAUGUCCAAACUUUCGCUGGUACUACGAGAGAUUGUCAAUUCCCGCUUUUCUCCUCAAAAACCCAAUACUACCAGUGCGGUGCUGCAUGAAACCCUGAGCGGCUGGCGAGCCCAACUUCCUCACAACCUGCGCUGGUCCGAUAACAGCACAGGCAUGAAUAUAUUUUCGUCCACCCUAGCCAUCCUGUACAACCAUCACCUGAUUCUCACACACCUAAAUCGUUCACAGGAUGGGACUUCGAUCAACUCGGAUGAUAUUUCCCAGACCGCAGCACAGCGCAUCUCCACUAUGGCCUGCAAGAUCGUCACCAAAUCCGACGUCUUGUUGAUGCCCCAUGAGCUAUUCCACGGAAUAUUUCUUGCAGAAGUAGUCUUCUAUACUCAGAUGAAGAGCGCACAAACCAUGGUUAGGGAAUUCAGUCGAGCUGCAUUAAACAACUGCCAAAUGGUACUUCACGAGUCACGAGAAUCGUGGGAUCCAUCGCCUUGGGUCAUGCAGUUGUUUGAUAAUCUUUUAAGAGGAGCACCAGAUGCGGAGAAUGCUGAUAUGGAGAGCCCCACCGGGAUGGCUGAGUAUGCCAUGGGCGCCACACCUGGUUUCCUGGGUGCAGAGGAGGCGAAUUUCGGAUAUGAUCCUUGGCAGACUCACCCCAUGCUUUCGAAUUUGUUUGAGAUGCCGUUCGAUCCUGCAUUGAUGGGUGAUGGAUCAAUGUUCCCCAACUUAGUUAACUUCCCGUCGGUUGGGGUUUUGCAAUGAGUUCGGUUCUGUGACAUGCACCGUUCAAGGAGCUUGCCUUUGUCUUAAAAUGGGUUUCGUGCAAGCGGGAGUUGGCAUGUCUGCCAAAAGGACUUUUGAGCAGAGCCAGGGGCAUUUGGGUUGGAGUGACCCCCAAUGGCACCUUACAAAACUGUUUGAACAUCAAUAUGUAACAUGAAAAUGAUAUUUGCUCAACUCAUCGCUUCUGGUAAUUGCCCAUAAUACCAUUCCCUCCCCUGCACGCAACAUCACUUAUCCACUCACGGCAGCCAAUUACCCUCCU